UGGACGCAGCGACGCAAUCUGGCAGUCAGAAGGGUUUUAAAACGAUAUUUUGGUGUUUUUGAAGGUGCAAUUAGAGUGCAAUUAAUGCAUGCAAACCACAAAAGGAUUGAUAUAAAGUGUACGAAGUGAAGAACGUGAGACUAAAGAAGUCAAACCCGGCGUGCUGGUGAUAUUCCCGUUUACCGCGGUACUAUAGCGCUCAGCACAAACAUGGAUCAGAUGCUACCUAGUCCGGGAUUUUCAAUCCCCAGCAUCGGGACACCGUUGCACCAGCCGGAAGAGGAUCAGCAGAUUCUCCCCCAUGCCUACCAGCAGCAACAAUCCAUGCCGCACAUGACACCCAUGGGUGGCCUUAGCUCUAGCAACUACACAAUGCCGGCUAUCGGUGCAUCGUCCGGCAAGAGCAUGCAUACGUAUGCGCCCAGCUUUUCCACACCGCAGAACAUGAUCCAACCACAGACGCCGCAAAGCCUAAUGUCACCGAUGGUACCGAUGACGGAAUCGAAAGCAGCAGCAACCCCCAGUCAAACGCAGGGCAGCGGUGGUAGCGUCCGGGAUCCAGAAAACAUCGGCAGUGUAAACAUCCACCAAACCAUGGGUCCCGCGACACCGAUGACGCCAAUGACACCGAGCGAACCGGCCAUUCUGCCCCAGCUGCAAAACAUCGUCUCGACGGUGAACUUAAGCUGCAAGCUCGAUCUCAAGAAGAUAGCCCUGCACGCCCGUAACGCCGAGUACAAUCCGAAACGUUUCGCUGCAGUAAUUAUGCGCAUUCGGGAACCGCGCACCACAGCACUGAUUUUCUCAUCCGGCAAGAUGGUUUGUACCGGGGCGAAAAGUGAAGACGAUUCCCGGCUCGCAGCACGCAAAUACGCACGUAUCAUACAGAAGCUCGGCUUUACGGCCAAAUUCCUUGACUUCAAAGUACAAAACAUGGUCGGCAGCUGUGACGUACGGUUUCCGAUUCGGCUCGAAGGUUUAGUACUGACGCACGGACGGUUCAGCUCGUACGAACCGGAACUUUUCCCCGGGCUCAUUUACCGUAUGGUGAAACCGCGUAUCGUACUGUUAAUUUUCGUGUCCGGCAAAGUUGUGCUCACCGGUGCCAAAGUGCGGCAAGAGAUCUACGAUGCAUUUGAAAACAUCUAUCCAAUUCUAAAGAGCUUCAAAAAACAGUAACAAUCGUUGUUUUUUUUUGUGUAAUUUCUAACUUCAAACCCGGGGGUUGAGACACGUUUUACUGCAUAUCCUGACCAGCAGCUACGUGUGUAAGGAAUUAUAC